AUGGCUACCACUGGACCACCGACCUUCGACGCAGAGGCUGCUCGAGCCUCUGCCACAAAAGUCGCCUCUGGAGAGAAGAGGCAGCCAGGCCCCUCGGGCAAGCUGAACUCUGUCAUCGAAACAACUGAGCGUCCCGUAUCCGCGCUUAGCGACACUGCUGGUCGAGUCUCAACACUCGAUGGCAUCCGCGUUGUUGGCCUGACCGAAGACGACGAGGUCUUCUACAAGGGUUUCACGGCUGCUCAGCGACGCAGAGUUCGUCUCAAGACGGACGUGCGAUUGCUUCCCGUGCUCUGCAUCUUGUAUCUUUUUGCGCAGUUGGACCGCGGCAACAUUGGCAAUGCGAGGAUCGAGGGUUUCCAAAAGGAUCUGCACAUGACUGAAAAGCAGUGGAACAUUGUUCUGGCGGUGUUCUUCUUGCCAUACUUCAUCCUUGAGGUGCCCAGCAACAUGUUCCUGAAGACCCUGAAGAGACCAUCGCUCUACAUCUCGGGCCUCGUCCUGGCUUGGGGAGCGGUGAUGACUUGUCACGGUGUCCUCAAGGACUUUGGCGGAGCCGUUGCGCUGCGCCUGCUCCUCGGUGCAUUCGAAUCCGGCUUCUUCCCUGCUGCCAUGUUCAUCUGCUCACAAUGGUACCCCCGUCAGUUUGUCGCCUUUCGCAUGUCCAUCUUUAUGGCCGUAGCAUCCGUUUCGGGCGCCUUCUCUGGUGUCCUGGCUGCUGCCAUCUCCACCAUGGGAGGCGUUGGAGGCCUGAAGUCCUGGCAAUGGAUCUUCCUCAUUGAGGGCGGCGUCACCAUCCUGCUAGGUGUGUUGACGACCGUGGUGCUGGUUGACUCACCCAGGACUUCGAAGUGGCUCACUGAGGACGAAAAGCGCUACCUCGAACUGAUGAGUUUCAUCCGCGACAAUGGCAGUGCUAGGGUUGAGGGUGGACCAACAGUUUGGGAUGACCUGAAGAGCAUCACAACCGACUGGCGGUACUGGACCCUUGGACUGGUGUUGCACAAUGUUGGUGCUUGUGGCCUCGGACUCAAGUUCGCCGUGCCCACCAUCAUCAAGGGACUCGGCUGGAGCCGUCAGCACUCGCAGCUCCUCAGCGCAGUGCCUUACAUUGCCGGCACAUGCUCCGCUCUGGCUGUGUCGUUCUUUUCCGACCGCUGCUCCGUGCGUUCGCCCUUUGUGCUGCUCUGUCUGUCCAGCAUCGGGCUCGGCUACAUGAUCUUGUUGAUUGUAGCCGUCUGCGUCGGCAAAUCGACUCCCGGCGUCCUGGUCGGCAUGUCCCUCGUUACCUCCGGUGUCUUCCCCAUGGCCCCCCUCUGCGGCUCUUGGGUGUCGAACAACUUUGGCACGCCAGCCCGUCGCGCGGUUGGCAUUGCCUUCAUCAUGGCGGUGGGUAGCAUUGGCGGGCUCACUGGCAGCUUCGUCUACGACUACAAAGACGCACCGGGAUUCUUCAUGGCUUUCGGUGUCUGCCUGGGCUUGGCUGUCGUUGCCAUCCUCAUGGUGUUGGUGCUUAUCUGGUCGUACCUGCGCUCCAAUGCAGAGCGUGUCGGGGUGACAGAAGAGCAGGUCAGGAGUGAGUAUUCCGACAAGGAGCUGAUGGAGCUGGGGGACAAGUCACCCCUUUUCCGAUACACUCUCUAA